AUGGGCAAACAAAGUUCCAAAUUAGUCAAACAAUCAUCAUCGGCACCAGUGGAGAACAUAAAUAAAGUCUCCAAUCCGUUGAAGAACAUAGUUGAAGCUUCCAAUCAAAUCAUAUCGAAGGCAAAUUUACAAACUUGUAUAAUUGGAAAUGUUGUGAUCGUUUGGUUAGAUCAAAAUAUCAAUGAAUCUUCAGAUAAUUAUCGAAACUCAAUCCAUAAACUUCGAAAAAUUGUUAAUUCGAUUGAAAUUUUCCAAGAUAAAGAUAAAUGUAUCAAAUUUAUCCGCGAAAUACGCGAUGAAAAAAUCUUUCUAAUUGUAUCAGGAUCUCUUGGUCAACAGAUUACUUCUACAAUUCAUGAACUUCCUCAACUUCAUUCGAUCUAUAUUUUUUGUUAUCAGAAAUCUUUACAUGAACAAUGGGCAAAAAAAUUUCACAAAAUUGCAGGAGUAUUCACGGAAAUGAAUUAUAUUUGUCUGAUAAUGACGGAGAACGUUCGAUUAACAAAUAACGACCUAAUACCAAUAAGUGCCAUACCAAAAUCAUCAACAGCAGAUUUAAAUACGCUCGAUCCAAUGUUUAUGUAUUCCAAAUUAAUCAAAGAAAUUAUUUUGGAAAUGAAAUAUGAGAAAAAGGUACCCGAGGAAUUCAUUGAGUUUUGUAGCUCAAAAUAUUCGACGGAUAAAUCUGUGUUGAAAACGAUCGAAGAAUUUCAAAACGAUUAUUGUGUUGAAAAAUCCAUUCAGUGGUACACCAAAGAAUGUUUCAUAUAUCCAAUGCUCAAUAAAGCACUGAGAACAUUGGAUAAUGAAACUAUUUAUCAAAUGGGCUUCUUUAUUCAAAAUCUUCUUCGACAAAUAAAACAAAUGCAUUCGAAAGCAAAAUAUCAAUCUUCAUUUAUUGUUUGGCGUGGACAGGGCAUAUCAUCUCUACAUUUCGAAAAAUUGAAAAACUGUACUGGUGGCCUGCUCUCAUUUAAUACUUUUCUAUCAACAAGUCGAAGUAGAAGUGUUGCUUGGGACUUUGUUAGCUAUGCCCAAAAGAAAAAAGAAGACAGGGAAGACAAAGCACUUCUAUUUCAAAUUAAAGUGGAUCCAUCAAUCUCGCAAACACCUUUCGCUGACAUAGGCGAUAUUAGUCAUCACUGUGGAGAGAAAGAAAUUCUUUUCUCGAUGCAUACUGUAUUUCAAAUCGAUGGAAUGAACGAAAUUGAAAGUUCCACAUGGGAGAUCAAUUUAACAUUAACAACAGAUAAUGAUCCACAACUUAAACGUUUGACCGAUUGUGUACGAAAAGAAAUCGGAGGUGAAACAAGUCUACAUCGACUUGGUAAUUUAAUGUACAAGAUGGGAAAAUUCGAUAAGGCUAGCGAGAUCUAUGAAAAACUAGUAGAUAUGACAGAUAAAAAUGAUCAUGAAAAACUGGCUUAUCUUCAUCAUCAACUCGGUUCGAUCAAUUCUGAAAAUCAUGAUUUGAAAAGUGCUCUCUUUCACUAUAAAGAAUCUCUUCGUUUAUAUUUAUCAUGUUUAUCGGCAGAUGAUUCUCAACUUUCUGCAACUUAUUCUAAUGUAGGACUGGUUCUUCAGAAACAGGGUCAACUCGAUGUAGCACUCGAACAUUUUCAACGUGCACUUACUAUUGAUCUUAAAGCGUCACAUCCUGACCAGUGUAAAAUAGCUACUCAUUAUAAUAACAUUGCUGGAGUACUCAAAGCUCAAGGCAAAUAUGAUGAAGCUCUCAAAAAGUAUGAAGAUUCAUUGAAUAUUCGUCUUCAACAAUAUCCACCUGGACAUCCAUCCCUCGCUAUUGCAUAUAAUAAUCUCGGUGGAAUUCAUUGUUCACUGAGAAAUUAUUCUGAUGCUCUUACUUAUUACCAAAAAACACUAGAAAUUCGACAAAAAUCUCUACCAUUCAAUCAUCCAUCAUUAGCCAUUACUCAUAGUAAUAUAGCUAUGACUUUGGAAGAUCUCAGACGUUUUAAAGAAGCUAUUCAACACGCAGAAAAAGCUGUUGCUAUUGCAAAACUUACGUACGCUACUGAUCAUUCUGUAGUGCAAGGAUAUCGGCGACAACUAGAGAAACUUCGACAAAAAGCAACUUAG